AUGAUGACCCAGCGCGACACUCCGGGUGCUCCGAGGCGGGCGAUAUGUGAAAAAAUGCUUCGAUGCGCCGUCGUGGUGCAAUGCAUGGAUUUCCCGUUCAAGGAGCCUUGGUUGGCUGUUCGCAUAAAUCGCUCACAGCGCUCGCAGCGCUCACUUCUCCCAUCCCGCAGGUGGUGCAUGGGUUGCAGGAUCAAGGGCCUGCCGCCCGCCUGGGCCUGGGUGGCCGUGUGCCUGCUGGCGCUGCAAACGGGUUGGGUGGGGCUGGUGGGGCAGGCGCAUGCCGAACCAUCGGCCGACGAGCAUGAGCUGGGCGUGACACGCACGGUCUUAGGCAUCCUGGGCUACACGCGCUGGCCCACGGAAAGCGCGGUGCUGCGGCUGUGCGUGGUGGGCUCCACCGAAUAUGCCGAUGACCUGCUCAAUGGUGCCCCGCAGACCGUGGGCAGCCAGCGGCUGGAAGUCCGGCGCGUCGUGCUUUCCGAUGCGCGCAUCCUGGCCGAAUGCGAAGGCAUCUAUGCCGGCCAGCUCGAUGAAGCGGCCUGGCGCAAGCUCAUGGAGCAACUGGCCGGACGGCCGCUGCUGACCAUCAGCGAGCGGGGCGAGCUGUGCCGCAUCGGCGCCAUGUUCUGCCUGCGCCGCCGUGGCGAGGGCGCGGGCUUCGAGGUCAGCCUCGACUCCGUGGCACGCAGCGGCCUGCGCGUCAAUCCCAAG